GUCUCCAUCUGCUGGAACACUGACACAACUGCAAGUCAAUCAGAGGUAACGUCACCUCUCAGCUAAAUUUAUCCAGCAGGUCUGAGGUCAAAUUUCAGUUGCAGAACACAGGCAACAAGAGGUCUGCAUGAACAUUGAAAGUGCUCCCUGCCCCUCACUCCCCUUGAAAAUUUACCCCAGCCCCCAGGGGGAACCUGCCCCACUGUUUGAGAAGCACUGGAUUAAUUGAUUGGUCUUCAAGGUAAAUGACAUCACACACCAGCUGACAUUUUAUGAUGGGACGAGGUGCGUGAUGGCAGGAGCGAGGGGGUCAGAGAGCCACAAAGCAGACGGCGGCCAUGACGGCCAUUGUGGAGUGCGGCUCGGUCAGUUCCAUGAAAGCUUUGUGGGAGACCAAGAUACGGAAUGUUCGGGACAGCUGGGAGCAGCAGAGCAAGAAGCCGCGUGGCAGGUUGAGCGUCGGCAUUUGGGAGGACCGGGAGACUCUGGCUCGCCUCAAAGAAAAACUGACGACUGAAGACGGCAGACUGGUUCUACGCUUAGAGCAUGAGGAGUGGAAGGCACUGCCGGGCUGUCUGGUCCAGCUGAAUCAGGUGCAGGAGUGGCACAUUCAUCGCUGCGGACUGCAGAAGAUCCCCAACUUCAUCUCCUCCUUCCAGAACCUUCUGGUCCUGGAUUUGUCUCGGAAUGGGGUCACGGAGGUCCCAAAACAGAUUGGCACACUGACGCAGCUCAGAGAACUGCUGCUCAGCUACAACAGAGUCCAGUUUGUUCCAGAGGAACUCAGCAACUGUGAGAGUCUGGAGAGAUUAGAACUGGCAAUGAACCGGGACCUCCAACAGCUUCCAGACCAACUCAGCAAGCUGAGGUGCUUGCAGCAUCUGGACUUGUCCAUGAACCAGUUCAGCUUCAUGCCGCCUUGCCUGCUGCGCAUGCCAGCACUGGAAUGGCUCGACAUGGCGGGUAACUGUCUACACUGCUUACCCGAAGACAUCAACAGGAUGGAGAAUCUACACACGUUGUGGCUGCAGAGGAACCAGCUGGAGAAACUUCCAGAGAACAUCAGCAGAAUGCCCAGUCUGGAUACACUGGUUCUGAGCAGCAACAGACUGAGCGACAUUCCGCCCAUGAUGGAGGACAUGUCCAACCUCAGGUUUGUCAACUUCCGGGACAAUCCACUGACACUGGAGGUCAACAUGUCCGCCACGAUGGUAUCUGAAGACGACGACCGUGAGAUGUUUGGACGAGACUUCAUGGUGAUGUACAUCCAGGAGACCCGGAAGAGAGCGCAUGCUGCACUCAACGUGCACAGAGUCGCUUGCUGACCCCCCGAAAUUCAUCCAAUCCCUCGUCCAAGCCAAGUGACUAAUGUUGUUCCACAUGACACACGGGUGAUGGGAAAGUUUGUUUUUAUUUGCAUAAAGUCGGACAUCAGAUCAAGUCAGGAGGAGGGUGUGGCCGUCAGCAGGACAUUUUCCAGGGUCACGUGACUCCCGACGUAACGAAUGAGUUGCCCGUGGAAUCCUUUGCUGCGGAGGAAGUGAAUUCUACCGCUGUCAAUCAGAAGUUUGCAGAGUCGUCCUACUUGCUCACGCUCAACUGGUGACAGAAACCUGGUGACAGAAACCAAGUCACAUGACCAACUUAUUAACAAGUCAGAUGUUUAUUAAAACGAGAUUAGGUGAGAAAUAUUUACCCAAGCACAUCAUCCGUCUCCUCUAUCGGCUCGUGGUCUUCAUCUGCUCUCUGAGUGGCUGCUCGAAGGCCACACGUGGCCCAGCUAGACAUGCGACAGAAUCCUGAGAACUCUGCGGGACCCAGACCCAAGUCCAGGAAGAACUGUUGACCGACAUAAUGACGCCACUCGCAGCGAUGGUGACAGCACAGCGCCACUGCCAGACCCAAUACCGGCUCAGGACUGGAGGACUGACAGGGAGCAGGCCUGUCAUCUGCUACCGAGUCAGGUGACAUUUUGAGGCGUUUUCUUGGCGGUUCAUGUUGAGGCGCUGAUGUUUCCAGCAAACAGCGAAGAGCGAGAUCUGACCCAACAAGAUUAAGAUGAUGAGUUGAGACUUUGAUUUGUCAUUUGCAUGCCUGAUAGAUAGAUCUGCAUCAUAAGCACCGCAGCUAACGUUAGCGUAGCUCUUACCUGUCGCUGCUCCACAUAAAUGUUUCCCGACUCCGACGAGUGGCAGCCGACGUUCGAGCAGCGGAACUUUGCCUGCAAUCAGUCACAUGACCAGAGUCACAUGAGCAGACACACAGGAGAAAGAGCAGGGGGCAACGCCGGUCUCUUACUCAAAUCCAGGUGCUGAAUAUCGAUCUGCAGCCUGGCAAAGUCCACGCUGGCAUCCUGAUGCUUCCCGUCCACCUGCACCAACACGUAACAUUUUUCUUGUACAGUCGUUCCAAUUUCACGGCUUCA